AUGGAAUCCAACACAGCUGCCUGGCUCACUGCAGCCAAAGCUCGACCGUUCGAGAUCAAGUCAGCGCCUAUGGGCGCUCCAGGAGAGCACCAAAUUCUAGUCAAGAAUCAUGCCAUCGCUGUCAACCCAAUCGACGGAAAGCUCCAGUCAUUGGCCAUAUAUCCCAUGGAAUACCCAGCAAUACUGGGCCAAGAUGUGGCCGGUGAAGUAGUUGCAGUUGGCCCGGGUGUCACGCGCUUCAAAACCGGUGAUCGUGUGCUCGGUACUGCCGCCGGCUUUGGCACGAAACGCAGCGAGGACAGAGCUUUUCAGACCUAUACUAUUCUGGAGUCAAAUAUGGCUUGUCAAAUCCCGGAUGACAUGACGUACGCCAGCGCGGCGGUGCUCCCUCUAGGCAUCUCUACCGCUGCUGCCGGGCUCUUUAACGAUGACUUCCUCGCCCUUCAAGCCCCCACCUAUCCCACGCGAAGCUCGAUGAAUAAAAGUCUGCUGGUCUGGGGAGGCGCAUCAAGUGUAGGGUGCAAUGCGAUUCAGCUAGCCGUAGCUGCUGGCUACGAAGUGUUCGCCACUUCAUCCCCUAAGAACUUCAAUUUGGUGCAGGAACUCGGCGCAAGCCGAGUGUUUGAUUACCAUAGUCCUACCAUCGUGGCCGAUAUCCUUGACGCUCUCAAGGGUAAGGUCAGCGUGGGGAUUCUCGAUGCAGUUGGGGGCGCCGCCUGGGUUCCGAGCAUGGAGAUAGCCCAGAAGUUAGUCGGGGCCAAAUUCAUCGCCACCACCAUCACAGGGUUCCCAGAGCCACCUGAGGGGGUCCUUAUCAAGCAGAUGCAUGCACUUUCGAUCGUGGGCAACAACCUAAGCAAGGCAAUCUUUGAGGAUUUCCUUCCCAUCGCACUCGCCAAGAAGGCAUACGCCGUAGCCCCGGCGCCCUUGAUCGCUGGACAUGGCCUAGAGAGUAUACAGGACGCUGUGGAUCUCCAGGCUAGAGGUGUUUCGGCGAAGAAGGUUGUGGUCACGCUUUGA